AUGUCUGCAAAGCUUAUUUGUUAUUAUUGUGGAGAGAAUGAGGAGUUUGGAAAUUUGAAGGACCACAUGUUUCAAUGCUCUAAUAAUUGGCAUGCUCAACAGCAGAAGUUGAUUCCCGAAUUGCAGAGGAUGUAUCCUCCUCGGGGUUUGCCUUCCAUGAUGAUGCCUUCCUCUUCUAAAGAUAAGGCUAGCAUUGAGAAGUAUAAUACUUAUGCGAAAUUGUUGUAUUGUCAGGAGAGUCUAAAUCCAUGCCCGUCAUGUUUGAAAUUAUUCAAGGCUAGUGAAUUGGGAGAACAUUUUCUGAGAUGCAAUCCAUCUGAUAAUAGUCCAAAACAUCAUCAACAAACAAUGCAACAACCUCAACAACAACAAAAUAACAAGCCCUCAGUUUCUGCUUCAUCACCCAAAAAACAACAACAAUCAUCAACAAUACAACCACCCCGAUCCUGCUCACCUCCUCGUCAGGUUCAAUACACUCCUCCAAAAACCUCUCCCUCAAAUUCAAAAUCUCAACUAGUGAGAGAAAGUUCUUCAGGUUCAAUAGGAUCAAAUUCAUCGAACAAAUCAGCUACAAUAGCAUCUCAAAAUAUUGAUAAAUACCUUCCAGUGAGAGAUUCUGUCUCAAAAACUGCAGUGAGUCAGAGUAGAUCAUCGUCUUCACAAAAGAAGGCUCCUAUGAGGGAUAUUAAUGGAAAGCCUAUUGCUUAUUGUUGCCACUUGUGUGGAAGGGAGUAUCUGAAUGUAGACUCUCUAACAUUCCACAUUCCUCAAUGUUUGGAUAAGAGAGCUGUUUCUCAAAAGGAACUACCAAAAGAAAUGAGAACAAAACCUCCAUCUGCACCGACAGUUCCAAUACCUGAAGAUCGGUUGGCAGAUGAGUUCCUUCAACAACUUGAUGAGUAUAACCAAAUGGCAUAUAGAAUUUUUGAACAAAGUUCAAGAGUUGGAUGUAAAUAUUGUGGCAGAAAAUUCAAUGCAGAAGCUUUAAUUGUCCAUUUGAGAUCUUGUGAAAAACAGGCAGAUAAGAACCCUCCUCCAUUCGGCAAAAAUCAACCAGGUGCAGCAGCAAGAGGAGGUGUUGUUCCAUUUUCUGCUGUUGUUGGAAAACAAUCUUCAAACAAUUCAGAAGCUUAUGAGGAACUUGAAAGAGCAGAAUGUUCAAAAUGUGGAAGAAAGUUUGCUCUUGAUCGAUUGGCCAUUCACGAAAAUAGUUGUAAAGGAUCCAAGAAAGAGGUCCAACCAUCACCAAGCAAAAUUCUUACUGAAAAGAUUAAGAACAUGCCAAAUCCUAGUCUUGACAAUGUGACAACUAAAAUAUCCUCUCAAACUUCAUCUUCUGAACCACAUCGAGUGCCAUGUAGAGUCUGUGGAAGAAAAUUCAAUCCUGAUAGAAUAGAGAAACACGAGUCAAUUUGCAAAAAAUAA